AUGGCUCCCGCAUCCCGCCUGUGCGCCAAGGUGGAGCGCUCCUUCACCCUCAUCGUGGAGGCCUGGGACUGGGACAACGACACCACCCCAAAUGAGGAGCUGCUGAUCGAGCGGGUGUCGCACGCGGGCAUGAUCAACCCCGAGGACCGCUGGAAGAGCCUGCACUUCAGCGGCCACGUGGCGCACCUGGAGCUGCAGAUCCGCGUGCGCUGCGACGAGAACUACUACAGCGCCACCUGCAACAAGUUCUGCCGGCCCCGCAACGACUUUUUCGGCCACUACACCUGCGACCAGUACGGCAACAAGGCCUGCAUGGACGGCUGGAUGGGCAAAGAGUGCAAGGAAGCCGUGUGCAAGCAAGGAUGCAACCUGCUCCACGGGGGAUGCAGCGUGCCUGGGGAGUGCAGGUGCAGCUACGGCUGGCAGGGGAGGUUCUGUGACGAGUGCGUUCCGUACCCUGGCUGCGUGCAUGGCAGCUGCGUGGCGCCCUGGCAGUGCAACUGCGAGACCAACUGGGGCGGCCUGCUGUGUGACAAAGACCUGAACUACUGUGGCAGCCACCAGCCCUGCGCCAACGGGGGCACGUGCACCAACGCCGAGCCCGGCCAGUACCGCUGCGCCUGCCCGGACGGCUACCUGGGCAAGAACUGCGAGCGGGCUGAGCACGCCUGCGCCUCCAACCCAUGUGCCAACGGGGGCUCUUGCCACGAGGUGCCGUCCGGCUUUGAGUGUCACUGCCCGUCCGGCUGGAGCGGGCCGACGUGCGCGAUCGACGUCGACGAGUGCGCCUCGAACCCGUGUGCGGCCGGCGGCACCUGUGUGGACCAGGUGGACGGCUUCGAGUGCAUCUGCCCCGAGCAGUGGGUGGGGGCCACCUGCCAGCUGGACGCCAAUGAGUGCGAGGGGCGGCCGUGCCUUAAUGCUUUCUCUUGCAAAAACCUGAUUGGCGGCUAUUACUGUGAUUGCAUCCCGGGCUGGAAGGGCACCAACUGCCACAUCAACGUCAACGACUGCCGUGGGCAGUGCCAGCACGGUGGCACCUGCAAGGACCUGGUGAACGGCUACCAGUGCGUGUGCCCGCGCGGCUUUGGGGGCCGACACUGUGAGUGGGAGCUAGACGAGUGCGCCAGCAGCCCCUGCCGCGGCGGCAGCCUCUGCGAGGACCUGGCCGACGGCUUCCGCUGCCACUGCCCCAAGGGCUUCUCCGGGCUGCUCUGCGAGGUGGACGUGGACUUGUGUCGGCCGAGCCCCUGCCAGAACGGCGCUCAAUGCUACAGCCUGGAGGGCGACUACUACUGCGCCUGCCCCGACGACUUCGGCGGCAAGAACUGCUCUGUGCCGCGGGAGCCGUGCCCGGGCGGGGCCUGCAGAGCGAUCGAUGGCUGCGGGUCCGAGGCGGGGCCCAGGGUGCCCGGCCUGUCUCCGUCCGGCGUGUGUGGCCCCCACGGGCGCUGCGUCAGUCAGCCCGGGGGCAACUUCUCCUGCGUCUGCGACAGCGGCUUCACCGGCGCGUACUGCCACGAGAACAUCGACGACUGCCUGGGCCAGCCCUGCCGCAACGGUGGCACGUGCAUCGACGAGGUGGACGCCUUCCGCUGCUUCUGCCCCAGCGGCUGGGAGGGCGAGCUCUGCGACACCAAUCCCAACGACUGCCUUCCCGAUCCCUGCCACAGCCGCGGCCGCUGCUACGACCUGGUCAACGACUUCUACUGCGCGUGUGACGACGGUUGGAAGGGCAAGACCUGCCACUCACGCGAGUUCCAGUGUGACGCCUACACCUGCAGCAACGGCGGCACCUGCUACGACAGCGGCGACACCUUCCGCUGCGCCUGCCCCCCUGGCUGGGAGGGCGGCACCUGCGCCAUCGCCAAGAACAGCAGCUGCCUGCCCAACCCCUGCUCGAACGGGGGCACCUGCGUGGGCAGCGGGGACUCCUUCUCCUGCAUCUGCCGGGACGGCUGGGAGGGCCGCACCUGUACGCACAACACCAACGACUGCAACCCUCUGCCUUGCUACAACGGUGGCAUCUGUGUCGACGGCGUCAACUGGUUCCGCUGCGAGUGUGCGCCUGGCUUCGCGGGCCCUGACUGCCGCAUCAACGUCGACGAGUGCCAGUCCUCGCCCUGCGCCUACGGGGCCACGUGUGUGGACGAGAUCAACGGCUACCGCUGCAGCUGCCCGCCGGGCAGGGCCGGCCCUCGGUGCCAGGAAGUGAUCGGGUUCGGGAGGUCCUGCUGGUCCCAGGGCGCCCCAUUCCCGCACGGGAGCUCGUGGGUGGAGGACUGCAACAGCUGCCGCUGCCUGGAUGGCCACCGGGACUGCAGCAAGGUGUGGUGCGGGUGGAAGCCCUGCCUGCUGGCUGGCCAGCCCGAUGCCCUGAGCGCCCAGUGCCCGCUGGGGCAGAGGUGCCGGGAGAAGGCCCCGGGCCAGUGCCUGCAUCCGCCCUGCGAGGCCUGGGGGGAGUGUGGCGCCGAGGAGCCCCUGCCGCCCAGCACCCCCUGCCUGCCGCGCUCCAGCCACCUGGACAACAACUGCGCCCGCCUCACGCUGCGCUUCAACCGAGACCAAGUGCCCCAGGGCACCACCGUGGGCGCCAUCUGCUCCGGGAUCCGCUCCCUGCCAGCCACAAGGUCCGUGGCCCGGGACCGCCUGCUUGUGCUGCUCUGUGACCGUGCGUCCUUGGGGGCCAGCGCCGUGGAGGUGGCCGUGUCCUUCAGCCCGGCGUGGGACCUGCCGGACAGCAGCCUGAUCCAGGACGCGGCCCACGCCAUCGUGGCUGCCAUCACCCAGCGGGCCAACAGCUCACUGCUCCUGGCCGUCACCGAGGUCAAGGUGGAGACGGUCGUCGUGGGCGGCUCCUCCACGGGUCUGCUGGUGCCCGUGCUGUGCGGCACCUUCAGCGUGCUGUGGCUGGCGUGCGUGGUCAUCUGCGUGUGGUGGACGCGUAAGCGCAGGAAAGAGCGGGAGAGGAGCCGGCUGCCGCGGGAGGAGAGCGCCAACAACCAGUGGGCCCCGCUCAACCCCAUCCGCAACCCCAUCGAGAGGCCGGGCGGCCUGGGAGCCGGUGGGGGUCAUAAGGACGUGCUCUACCAGUGCAAGAACUUCACACCGCCGCCUCGCGGGGCAGACGAGGCGCUGCCUGGGCCGGCCGGCCACGCGGGCGGCGGGGCGGACGAGGAGGACGAGGAUCUGUGCCGCGGCGAGGAGGACUCCCUGGAGGCAGAGAAGUUCCUCCCGCACCGGUUCACCAAAGACCCCGGCCGCUCGCCAGGGAGGCCAGCGCGCUGGGCCUCGGGCCCCAAAGUGGACAACCGCGCAGUCAGGAGCGUCCACGACGCGCGCUACGCCAGCAAGGAGUAG